AUGGAAAGAGGUCAGUCCGUCCGUCCAUCAGUCAAUCAGUCAAUCAGUCAAUCGGCCUUCCCGCUCCACGAGAGAUAUCUUUUGCUGACGCCCAAUCCCCGUGUGUCUGCAGCAAGUCAGGACUUCUGGUCCGUCAAGUUCUACCCCUUCACGGAAGCCGGCCUGGACCCUGUCUUCGCCGUUGUGGGCGGCACCCGGAUUCUGAUAUGCCGAACCCCGACGGGGGAAGAAAAGGAAAAGGAAAAAGAAAAAGAAAAAGAAAAUUCGCAGAUGGAGGUCCUGCGCAUGAUCCUGGACGACGACGUCGAUGCAAACAACUAUGCAUGCACCUGGACCAAGAACCUCGAAACGGGCGCUCCGCUACUGUGUGUCGCAGGCCAUACCGGCAUCAUCAAGAUUUUCGAUGUGUUGACGGGAGAGCUACUCAGAACCCUGGCGGGUCACGGAGGGGAAAUCAACGACCUGGUGAUUUCGCCCAUCAAUCCCUACAUUCUAGCCUCAUGUUCAGAAGACUGUACGGUGCGGGUAUGGAGUCUGGAUCCUGCGCACGCGAGUCAACCUUGUGCGGCCAUACUCGAAGGCGACGGCCACAAGGAUAAUAUUUUGACUCUGUCUUUCCAUGAUUCAGGUCGGUACCUGCUAUCCGGGGCAGCGGAUCACAUUAUAAUGCUCUGGACACUUCCGGAAUUUCCGGAUGCGAACACCGGGACUAAUAUCCCCACUCGGAUCUUCUACCCGCACUUCUCAACGGCCGAAGUUCACGCAGACUGUGUCGACUGCGUAGCCUGGUGGGGCGACCUCGUCCUCUCCAAAGCCUCCAACGAAAAUACCCUCGUCCUCUGGUCCAUCAACAAAUUCCCCCCCUCCUCCCCCCCUCCACCGACCACCGCCCCAACCCUGCACCAACCGCACCGCGACACCCGCUCCGCCUUCGUCACGCCGCUCCCGGCCUCCAGUACCAACAACGCCUUCAGCCUCUACACGCGGCACCUGCACUUCUCCCUUCCGGACUCCUGCAUCCUCUUCACCCGCUUCUCGCUCUUCCCAGGCCUCCCCCCCCCUCCCUCGCCCCCAGCCGCAUCCGCAUCCUCCCCGGCCCGCUCCCCCCCGCUCGACAAAUCGCACCCGAUCCUGGCCUUCUGCAAUACGAAGAGCAAGAUCAUGUACUGGGACCUGGCGAGGCUGGAGCGCUACUUCGACGACGAGCCCUACCUGCCCACCUCCAAAGACGGCACCGUCUCCCACCCCAACCUCAACUCCGCCCCCCUCUCCCGAGCCCAGAUCCACCAGAUGCCCACCCCGGCAUCCCCUCAUGCUCACCCCUUCCUCCGGCCCUCCCAACGACGCGGCCGUCGCGGCGCCCUCAUGACCCGCGUCGCGCGCAACAUCUCGCCCUCGGAGUCGGCGAGCAGCUACCAGACCGCGUCGGACCUCACGGGCGACCGCGACGAGCCGUCCAGUACUACGGGGACCGGGACCGGGACCGGGCACGCGAGUGGCAAGGGCAGUUUCGACUGGGUGCGGAGCCGGAAGCUGUGGGCGCGGGAGUACGACAUGCGGGAGCCGGCGAGGGGGCUGCAGCGGCACCGCGAGGAUAUCGUCCGGGGCGUGCCAUUUGCCGGGCGGCAGGUUGCGUGGAGUCCGUGUGGGGAGUGGUGCGUCGUGGUUGGGAGUCAUGGCGUGAUGGCCGUGUCGCAGCGGUGGAAGGAGUCCUAG